ACGUUCUUUGUGGGUUCUCAUUUUAUCUAUUUAUCUCUCUAGAAUUCUAGAGAGAGAAAGGGGAGAGAUCAAAGUAGUGCCGCAGCAGUUCAAUUGGUGAAUGAAAGAUUGAUUAUCCACCUCUCCUUUUGACUUUCCGAUUCAUGUUUCCAUUUCCCCUCUCUUCUCUCUUUCUGGGAUUUUUCUCCCUCCCAUCAAUUUGAUACUCGUUUUCACAUUUGAACAGUUGCAGAAAAAGAUCUCGAGUGGUUAUGUUUUUCUUGUGUCCUUUCUUGGUCUUAAAUGUUGCAGCCAACAUGGUCAUGAGCAUUUGAAGAAUAUGAACGGAGUGGGGUUUGCCAGGAGCAAUGUUCACUGGAUGGGUGACUGACACAACAUUUUUUUUUCCAGAAUUGGAAUUAUCUUAGGAGGACAAUUCGCAUGGGUUGCGCAAGUUCAAAGCAGAAGCGAUGUCGGUGCUGCAAUGCUCCGAGAAGCUACUCAAUGCACGUUCAUCACCCACCCCAAGCAGAAGGUGAUAGCUACCAUGUUGUGGCACUCACUUCCACAACACUGGGAACUCUCAAACUCAAUUCCCCUGCUUCAACUCAAAAUUUUACUGGGAAUUGUGAUCACGAUUUCAAUCUUUCCAAUGGCAAGGUUAGUAACACUAAAAGUUUAAGGUUUGAUAAUGAAAGAUUUAUCCAAAGGCUGGAGGAGAAAGAGAAAAAUUCAGUAUCCGAGAAAGAGAGAAAAGAGGAGUUCUCGAUAGGGCUAAUUGAGGCCAAGACUUGGUCCAACAUGAUCGAGCAAAAGUUGCCAACAGUUUUUCCAAAGACCCCAAUUAGAACACCACCCGGUGAGCCUGAGACAAUAAUCAACACAUGGGAACUCAUGGAAGGCCUUGAUGAAGAGACCACCAAUUUCCGGUCGCCGAGUCAGUACCGGAGUUUCUCUUUUGAUGCCAAUGGUGACAAUGUUGAUGAUGGAAGUGUGGAUGUUGAUCCACCCAAAAUGAGUGUUGUUGCUUCUCCAAAACCCGUGUGGCUUCUGAUGACUGAGGAGGAAUCAAGACUGAACUCUGCAAUCUCAGAUUUUGAUCCUGAAUUGAUUUCCUCAUUCAGGAAGUCCUUCCAACAUCUCUCUCCGGAUAGCCCCUUCCACCUUCGACCGGCGUCGAGCGAUGAAGAGAUGCAAGGGACUAAAAGGGGGUCCCCAUUUGCGGAUGAUGUUAAUGUCGGUGAUCCAUGCGGAAAGUACAAGGUGGUGUUGUACUUCACCAGCUUACGCGGCGUGCGAAAAACUUACGAGGAUUGCUGCCAAGUGAGAUUGGUUCUGAAGGGAUUGGGGGUGAGGGUUGAUGAGAGAGAUGUAUCCAUGCAUUCCAGGUUCAAGGAAGAGCUUAGAGAGCUAUUGGGUGAUGGGUAUGGUGGUUUAGUAUUGCCAAGGGUGUUUGUCGGGGACAAUUACAUUGGUGGAGCCGAAGAAAUUCAGAGGUUGCAUGAAGAUGGGAGGCUCGAGAAGCUUUUGGGUUGUUGUGAGAAGAUUGAGGACAGUGUUGGAGGUGAUGGAGGUGGAGUGUGUGAAGGUUGUGGGGAUAUAAGGUUUGUUCCCUGUGAAACCUGUUCUGGAAGCUGUAAAAUUUACUAUGAAGGUGAUGAAGAGGAAGAAGAAUACGUUCAUGGUGAGUUGGGGGAGUGUGGAUUUCAGCGUUGCCCUGAUUGCAAUGAAAAUGGACUAAUUCGUUGCCCCAUGUGUUGCUGUUAGUUCCAAACUUUGAGGUACUGAAAACCAAAUUUUGAGUUUUAUUCUUCAGGGCAUUUUGCACUUUGUCAGAUUUUCUUGUAAAGUCAAGUAUUUUAUAAGCAGUGGAAAGUGAACAACGUGUUAUAAUCACUCCCCCAUCAUAAUCAGUGUAGUUUGAAACAUAUAUAUAUACACUGUUUUCGUUUUUCCUUCUGUACAGAAUUUGCCUUCUUGCAAAAUGAAGAAAUGUCAAGAGAGAAUUGUAAAGCUA